CUCCAGCGGCCCCCGGCGGGCAGGGGCCCCCGCCGCCUCUCUCCCCGCCCGCCGGGGCGCGCGCCCGCGCCGGCAUGGGCGCGCUGGGGGCCUGGCUGCUGCUGCUGCCGCCGGCGCUGGCCGCGGGCGCUUCCUCGGAGGGGCUGACCGUCGUCUUCGGGAAGGGGCCGCCCACGCGCGCGCCCCGCCGGCACCUGGGCGACUGCGGCGGAGGGCUGCCGUGCGUCGCGGACGUGCUGGCCGCGGUGUACGGCUUCGGGCAGGACGAGCCCGCGGACGAGGCUGCGGCGGAGGGCUGCGACACGACGUGCGAGGUGGCUGGCCAGCGGGCGAGUUGCCGGGAGCGCGUGAUGUGGCUGGCGGAGCACGAAUAUCUGCCAGCCAGCGCCUGCGCGAUGGCGCACGGCUCCGUGGAGAUCCAGUGCCCCGCGUGCGCGGCCGCGUGCCCGCUGCUGGAGUCCAGGUGCGAGCCGGGGCUGCACCCGGCUGCGAGCGCACCGGCUCCCGCGCCGGCCGCGGCUGCCGCCGCCGGCCCCACCGGACC